AUGGCCCAGGCGUCUGCAGACCCAGACAAAAGAGACCUUGAGCAGAGGAUCCUGCAGGUGCUGAAGGACGCCGGCUCCCCCGUGAAGACUGCCCAGCUGGCAAAGGAGUGCCAAGUGCUCAAGAAGAGGCUCAACCAAGUUCUCUACGGGAUGAAGAAAGAGUUGAAAGUGGAUCUCGUGGGCCGUGCGACAUGGCGCUUGGGCGUGGGUGGGACUGGAGAAGUGGUUCCCACAGAGCCGGCCCAGCCCAGCCAUGAGGAACAGAUCUACAGGUUUCUGAAAGCCGGAGGGCCCUGUAAGGCCCUGGUCAUUGCCCAGUCCCUGGGGAUGAAGACUGCAAAGGACGUCAACCCAGACUUAUAUGACAUGAGGAGGAAGCACCUUCUGGACCUUGACCAGAAUUCAAAGGCAUGGGCUAUUUAUCAACCAGGUAGGCCCUUACCUGCUCCGAUCGUUUACCAGCAAAACCCAAUCACGAUCUGUCAGAACGCGCCACACAGCCGCAUCUCCAUCAACAACUCUGAAGCUGUCCAGAUUGGACAUGGGAACAGCAUCGUGAGACAAACGGCCCCUGGGGAGAGCGGCUUCACGGCUCCCCUCUACCUCCCUCAACCGGCACCAGCUGAUCCCUCAACUCAGGAUGCCCUGGCUGGAUCCAGGGAGCCCCAGGACAUCUACAUAGACAAGUCUGUGCUCAAACGGGUGCAGCUGGGACACAGCAACGAGAUGAGCCUUUACAGCACCCCGGCCAUGGGCCCUGGCCACAGCCCCUCUGUCAGCACCUCUGACACCACUGCUGGCCCAGAAGCUUCCUUCGAAGUUCGAAUGCCCACACCAGGACCUUCCCCCGAGGGGAAGGGGGACACGACCCAGAGGGUCCACAUCAAGUCUUGCUUCCUGGAGGAGGUGGCCAUUGGCAACAGCAACAGAAUGAGUGUCGGCCUGGCGGCAGCUGGCCCAGGAGGAGGGGCAGGGCCUGAGGACAGCAGCGGGGAUCCUGGGGAGCCAACAGAGGACGCAAAGCCUCAGUCAGGAGCUGCAGAGCCCAGAGGCAAGUCCCCACACUAUGAUGGUCGUGCUGACCCCAACAUGUCCACGUUCACCUCCCACCUGGAAGCGAUGACUCUUGAAGGCAAGGAUCCAGAAGCUGCAGAAGAUGGCCCCUGA